UUAACAGAAGAUGAAAUUUCUACAAUAUUACAGUCAACUCUUAAGGGCCUGGAGUACCUUCAUUUUAUGAGAAAAAUACACCGAGAUAUCAAAGCAGGAAAUAUUUUGCUAAAUACAGAAGGACAUGCAAAACUUGCAGAUUUUGGAGUAGCAGGCCAGCUGACGGAUACAAUGGCCAAGCGGAAUACCGUGAUAGGAACACCAUUUUGGAUGGCCCCUGAAGUGAUUCAGGAAAUUGGGUACAACUGUGUGGCAGACAUCUGGUCUCUGGGAAUAACUGCCAUAGAAAUGGCUGAAGGAAAGCCCCCAUAUGCUGAUAUCCAUCCAAUGAGG